CGCUCCGGGUCGCAGCACUCCAGGGCCCGCUGCUGCCCCAACGCGGACCUCGAGCUGGAUGAUGUUAUCGGCCUGUAGGUGCCCACAUUCCCCGCGCCCUUUCCCCCCAGCACCCCAUUUCUGUAUACAUAAACGACCAAGGUUUGUGCCCCGGGCUCUGUCUGUUCACUUUUCAUGUAGAGUGAUGGGGAGGGGGAUGAUGUGGUCCGGCAGCCUUUAAUAGCCAGAGGUGUCAACUGGAGUUGUGGUGGAGGUCUGAUGCUUGCUCCGGAGUGGUGAGAUGCAGCUCCUUGAAGAUACCCCUGGGGCGUGGCCAGGCGGGCCCCUCCCAGAGGCGGGGCUCCGGACCAGACCGCUCCCACAGCCUCACUCAUUCAUCAAAUACUGACUGAACGCAACUGCCUGUCGGACAUGGUCUCUGGGGUCGGACCACGGACUCAGCCCUAGCAGGGCCAGCCUAGGCGGGGCCAGCAGACUGCUUCCUGGCCCUGCGCAUCUCAAGUGGACCGCGACCAGGCGAAACCGCCCUUUACUCUGGAAGCGGCAGCAGAACCGAGGGAAGUGGCCGCGAAGAGGCUCAUAAGACGUGGUCUCCACGGGAGAGAUACCCUUGUUCGCCGGAGGGCUGCGGCGAAAUCCCAAGUCUGGGCUGUGAAGUUAAGUCUGAGGCCUCAAGUUCUUUACGGUCCCAGAGGUGCGGGGCCGUACAUGCAAAUCAUUUAGACUAAUGGCGGGGCCAAGUUAGCUAAGGUCCCCUAGAGGAGCUACGUUUAGAUACCAGACGGGCGGGGCCGCACAUGUAAAUCACUGGGGUUGGGGGCGGAGCCAGGUUCUUUAAGGACCCGGGAGAGACCGGACACUUUGGGGCCUAGGGGCGGGGCCAGGCUUCCCCGGAGCUCGCCGGGACCAAGACUGCAGGCCUCAUAGUGGAGGGAGAUUGGUUGUCGGGCGCCAAGCAAAGGCGCGGCCGGGAGGGACAAACGAAGGACGGACGGGGCCAAAGUCCUUGCAAGCGCCGGGGGCGUGGCCUCCGGGCGGAGCCGGAGCGCGGGCCGCUGACGCCACAGUCCAAUUACGGAGCUCUCCAGGCUGGGCUGGCCUCCGCGGGGCUGGCGCGCCAGCUAUCCCCACACCCAUGUCGGAUGCCGGAGAGCUGAAGUUGCAGCUGGAGGCCCCCGCUGCAGAGCCUGGGUCCCCGCCGGCCUGCCGCUUCUUCCUAGAAGGCCGCUGCCGCUUCGGCGCCCGCUGCCGCCAGUUCCACCCCGGGGCGCCCGCGCCGGCGCCGCUUAGCCGAGGGGAGCAGGCCGAAGCCGGGUUCAAGAAGCCGCCGCUGCGUACCGCCGCGGCUGUCAUUCAGCGCAUUCGCUGGGACCCGCUCCUCGACCCCGCAGACUUCUCGGUGGGCUACGCCGAUCGCUUCCUGGGAGUGCGAGAGGAGCCAUUUAGCGCCUUCUGCUGGGAUGAACCUCUGGCGGCGCUUGGGCCUGGCGUUUUGGCCGUGCCUCAGCACCGCGUGCGUUAUUUCCGCUUCCGCGGUCGCCUAGUGUGGGAUCGCGCCUCGCGCACUGACCUCGUUUUUGGCUCAGGCUCGGCGACAGGCCGCGGCCCCACUAUCCUGGACGCUCUGGACUGCAGGGAUGAACAUGUUGGUGAACGAAGCAGAGAAAACACGGACGAGGGCCCAGAGUGCAGGAAGCCCAGGCUGCCCGUGGGGAAGGAGCGGAAAUCCGGCCUGGAUGGAGUUCCGAGUCAAGCUUGGAGGAACCUGGAAUGCUGGGCAGCCAAGGAGAGGAGGCUGAGGGCGGCCAUGGACUCGAGAAUACCACCCCCUAGCAGGCACCUCUCAGGAGAGAUGGAGAGGGCACUGAUGGCAACAGCGACCGCCAGAGCCACGGAACUGCCAGGCAGGGAAGCGCAGGCCCUAGAAGCUGAGUGGGGUCCCCGGGCUUGGCCUGAGGAUGAUAGGGCUGUACUAGCUAGGACUGUGGCUCCUCGCCAACCCUGCCCCAUAUAUUUUGUGGUCCUCGUGGUAACUGAGUCCAGGCUGCAGGUAGACGUGGCCAAGGCCCAGGAAUACCUGGUCCAAACCACUCCAUCUUGUGCUGAGUUCCUGAUGCCGCACCUGACACUUGCCCUGCUGUGGUUGGCAGGCCUCGGGGAGGAAGUGGCAACAGUGGGGGCUCUGAGACAGGCCCUGUUGGCCACAGGGUUUCAAGCAUCCCCCCAGCUGAGUAGGGACUUAGUACUCCUGGCAUGCAAUCUGCUUCCACCGUGUGCUUUGUGCCCAACCCUCCCCCACUGGAAAGCAUGGCCCAAAGUGCUGAGCCAGAGGCUGGAAGCCCAGAGGCUGAGAGUGCUGACCCUGACAGGGAUGCAACCCAGCCUCACCCUGGCCAUAGUGCCUGAUGGUUCCCAUGUCCGCCUCCCCGAGACGUUCAGCCUGAGUCAGGAGCUAGGGAGCCAUCCACUGGGGAACUGGCUGUGCUGUACGGGGAGGACAGGAGGCACCUACCAGUUCCUGGCUGAGAUAGCCCUGGGGUGACAGCCCCAGAGCUCUGUAGGAGACAAGUUGGAUCCAAACAGCUUAAGGAAGGACAAAGCACCCUCUCUCUCUCUCUUUAAUUUUGGUUUCUCUCAAGCUUCCAAAUGGCGCUCAGUGCUCCAAAGAAAGAAUGAAGGAAAGGGGAGGGGGAGAGGAGGGAAAGGGGAAGCAAAGGAGGAACAUCUGGAAAAAAAGCAGCCUGACAGUCCAGCUGUUUGCAAACUCAUAGCACAUCCUCCAGUUACAUGGCAGAAGAGGGAGGGAGGACGGAAAAGAAAAGGGUAGGGGGAGAAAAAUAA